UUAGAGGAAGCCGUUUCUAUGGAGACGAGUUCACAAAGUUCCAAACAGAGCGGGUGCAGCAGCUUUUUCACCGCUUGCACGAUGAAUUCAGAAAAUUUCUUGCUUUUCUCGGGUACCUGCGAUGAACCAGGGAAAUCUGGUGUCAGAACUGGGUACAAAACACAAGAUGGGCACAUCUCCCAGAUCCCUGGACUGUCCCCGACCAUUAGCACCCCACCCGAGGAGAGGCUCAGAGGGAGAAGAGUGGCGGUGCUGGAGAGCGAUUCUGACUACGUAAAACUUGCAAAGCAAGGAGGACACAAGGGGCUUUUGUGGCAUGAGGACAUAAACGUUUUCGCAGCGAAUGCGUACAAACCUCCAGACUGGUUCUGCACUGCAUCAGGAGACCUCCCCACGCCAAGCAUUGAGCAAAAAAACCCUGGAGCCUAUUCACCAGUAGAGGCUCCCAUUGGGACUGAGGACACUUCACCAGAGGAGGAGAAAGAUGAUGAAGACAGCAGUGGAAAAGAAAAGGAUCCAGAUGCUGAUUGCAACCAGAUGGAGAAGUUGCAGACUUCCAUUCAACAUGAGAGAAGCAAGUAUAAGAGAGUAACUUUUGACAAGAAACCAGCUCCUGUUGACAUGACUAAGCUGUUACGGUUUGGCUAUGCAGAAGAAAGCACACCUCAACAGUGAUUCAUCCAACUGGAACACUGCCAGCUUCGCAGAAAUGAGAUGCAUGCACUUCAAGAACAGUUGCCAUCUUUUCUUCUGACAUUAACUUCUCAACUUUGCCCUACUGAGCAAGAUCAAGCAUUUUCCUAAGUUCAACAUCUUUAAAAGUGUGAAAGUGAUGAAUUAUGCCUGUAGAGUUGUAUUUAUUCUUGCCUGUAAGUGGUGCCUCAUUAAUUUAAUCUGUUACGUAACAAAGGGGCAUUUGUUAAAGUUUCUCUGUGUAUGUGAAAAUGGGUAAACAAUUACUAAAAUAAAGUUGAAAUUCCAAAUGA